AUGCUCCCAAAGGCCUAUCGAUGCUUGGCAUUUGGCUUUCUCCCAUUCAAGCUUCUAAAGCCAAUUCUAGUCUUGGAUGGAGGUCUUCUGCCAAUGAAGAUUGAACAAAGGGAACAAGCGUGCAAGGUCUUAAGGCAGAAGAAUGUAUCGUGUGUUGUGGCUCCUUAUGAGGCAAAUGCCCAAAUGACCUUCUUGGCGAUAAGCAAACAGAUUAUUUUCAAAAUGGAUAAGUAUGGGCAAGGUGUUGAGUUUCAGAGUUCCAGGCUUCAACAGAACAAGGAUAUGAGUUUUGCAGUCAGUGAAUGCUUAUUGAGAUAUGCAUUUUCAGUGGUUGUGAUUGUCUACAAUUGUUGCCAGGAAUGGGACUGA